GUGCUUUUGGUACCCUGUGCACCCUGUGUAGCCAGUGCUCCGUUCUCUGUGUGCCCUGUUCCCUGACGAUUGCUUCACGUGGUUUUACCUUUUUCUACUUAUUACCUUCAAUAUUACAUUUCAAAUCUCCCUCCCCAUAUAUUCGUCCGGACACGCUCUCCUAGGCUGCCCGUUGCGUUUGAAGCAGCACAGCUUCGAGGUAUCCGUAAUAUGUUUGCGUAUGGUUACAUCGCAACGACAAGUCCCUGGGAGCCUCUUCUUGUGUCUGCGCAACUCGUUACACCUACAUCAUUACUUCUAAUCGUCAUCUAAAGGGAACCCCCUUUCCGACUUUGCUUCAUCCUGCUUUCUGUUUGUGCCUGGACUCGGACUAAACUUGGACUGGAUUAUCCCUACCACGAUCAAUCUCCUCCCCCUUCGGCCGCAGUUUAAGCUUUGGGAGAACCUCUUCUUCUGCUCGCAACACUCGACCUCUUACCGUACGCUCGCUCGCUAUCCUCGUACUGAACUCGCAUGCGCUCCUAAAAGACGUAGCAGCUAUACCCGACUUACUAGCAACAGGGCCUCUCUGAUCGAAACUUUUCCUCAUCCCCCAUCCUACCCUAUCCUACCCUAUCCUCCCUCCUAGCCUGCCAUGGGAUUUCUCGGCGUAUACAAGGCCAUAUACGAUUAUGCGCCACAGUCAGAAGGGGAACUUUCGAUAGGGGAAGGAGACGUACUAUAUGUUUUGGAAAAAAGUGAAGAUGAUGAUUGGUGGAAGGCUAAAAAGAAGGCCAGCGCCGAUGACGAAGAUGAACCGGUUGGCUUGGUACCAAACAACUAUGUGGAAGAGGCGCAACCCGUAGGUCAAGCCCGUGCCUUAUACGAAUACACUCGGCAGACAGAUGAAGAGCUGUCGUUUCCUGAAGACGCCCAGUUGCAAGUCUUCGAUACAUCCGACCCUGACUGGAUCCUUGUCGGAUUUGAAGGCGAUUAUGGUUUUGUUCCGGCGAAUUAUAUCGAGGUGACUGCCACUGCCUCGGCUUCGGGCCCGAAGGUCGAGCCAGAUGUCGAACCUCAGCCUGAGCCUGAACCCGAACCCGAAUCUGUAGUAGUCCCUAAGCCUCCGUCACUACCUGGGCGACCUCCCGCCCCGGUCGAGUCAGAAGCGCCUCAGAGUCCGCCUCUACCGGACAGGAGGUCAUCAGUAAGAUCCGCAGCGACUCCGGCGGCACCGGCUGCGCCGGCUGGCCCAGCUGCCGCCCUGGCUGGUGUAAUGGCAGGUAGAGGUUCUGGCACACGCGCACAGACGCCCCCACCAGUUACUGUACCGCCUCGCCAGCAAUACCUGUCAGAAGAAUCCGAUGGCGAGCCAAGCCCCGCUCUACCGGCCCGGCCGCUGUCUCAGUCGGCGUCAACUAUAUCCAAUGACCAUCACUCAGCGCCGGUAGCCCACCCGCAGCGGUCUUCUAGCCGCCGCGAUUACGAAGAUGAAUCUCGCCAACCCCAGUCGAGCCGCAUUGCGCCGGGUGGUUUCCACAUGUAUAACAUCAACGAGAUGGUGUCUGUGAUGGGCAAGAAGAAGAAGAUGCCGACAACGCUAGGCGUGAAUCUGAAAACGGGAGUUAUCCUCAUCGCCCCAGAACAUGCUCAGGACGGCCCAACCCAAGAAUGGACUGCGGAUAAGAUGACGCAUUACUCCCGAGAGGGUAAGCAUGUGUUUCUGGAACUCGUACGCCCAAGUAAGAGUAUAGACUUUCAUGCAGGCGCCAAGGAUACAGCCGAGGAGAUUGUCAGCGCUCUCGGUGAGCUAGCCGGAGCCGUACGAGCAGAGGGUCUAAGGGAAGUCAUUAUGGCUGGGACUGGUCGAGGUGGCCAAAAGAGGGGCCAGGUUCUCUACGAUUUCAUGGCCCAGGGAGACGACGAGGUCACUGUUGCGGUAGGAGACGAGGUCAUAGUCAUCGACGACAGCAAGAGCGAAGAAUGGUGGCAAGUCCGUCGCCUCAAAAACGGAAAAGAAGGCGUCGUCCCUAGCAGCUACAUCGAAAUCACCGAUGUGAUUACAACACAGACGGCAUCAGGAAUCAAUGCCGGCAAGUCUACCGUGGCGCAGAAUCGACUGGAGGAGGAGCGCUUGACUAAAGAAGCAAUCAAGCGAGAUCAAAAAGCAGCAGAGCGAAAUCGACGCGAAAACGGCCACGCCGAAAGUAGCCGUUCCGGUUCUUCCAAGCCUAAGCCAGAUCCGGCCAAGGUACGAACUUGGACCGACCGCUCCAAGUCCUUCAGCGUCGAAGCUCAGUUCCUCGGUCUUAAAGACGGGAAAAUUAAUUUGCACAAGAUGAACGGCGUCAAGAUCGCGGUGCCCGUAGCCAAGAUGUCCAUCGAAGACAUUGAGUACGUCGAGCGUACCCUAGGAGUGUCUCUAGAUGAGGAUAAACCUCUGUCAGAAGUUAAGCGCGCGAGGUCAUCGAGACCUGGUGCGAAGUCUGUCACUAAUAAAGUUGGCGCCUCCAUUGAGCCAGCAAAGCCGGAUUACGACUGGUUCCAGUUCUUCUUAUCUUGCGAUGUCGCUGUUGGCCUUUGUGAACGUUACGCUCAAGCAUUCACCAAGGAUUCCAUGGACGAGAGCGUCUUGCCUGACGUGGAUGCUGGCGUUCUCCGGAACCUUGGUCUUCGAGAAGGCGAUAUAAUCAAGGUCAUGCGCUUCUUGGACAAGAAAUUUGGCCGUGAUGGUAAGAAGAGAAACGUUAGCUUUGCGGGAGAUGACGAAGACGGCUCUGGCGGCGGCCUCUUUUCUGGACCAGGUGGAACACUCCGGAAUAAUACCCGAAAAGGUCGUCCUGCUCCGGCUGUGCAGACGAACGACAGCGUGGACCCCAAAGCGUUCUCUCAGCAGAAAGAGAAUAGCGCACAUAGUUCAGAUUCGUCAUCUCCUGCUACGUCUCGUCCAAAGGCUGCGGAAAAGAGCAACGCCGGUGGGUUCGACGACGAUGCCUGGGAUGUGAAGCCUGCAAGGCAGCCAGAGCCCGAGGCGAAACCAGCACCGACUCCAGAGCCAAAAUCAACAACGGCUGCCGAACCUCCCCAGCGACCACCAACGCAAGCCAUACAAGAUCUUUCCCUAUUAACGGCCCCACUAGAGCCUACCAAGACGCAACCAACUAGUACGGUGCCUUUAAUAGCUCAGCCGCCGCUGCAGGUCCAACCGCAACAGACACAACCCCAACCUCAACCCCAAGGAGCAUCACCAUCAUUCUUCACGGGCAUUCCGCAGCAGCAGACUGGUAUCCCACCCGCGUCAGCCUCACAGGCCACGCCAGCUCAACCCAUCAAUCUUGGUCUCGGUAAUCGGCAAAGACCACUUCCGCCUCAAAUGACUGGAAAUCAAGGCGCUCUGAUGCCACCGCCUCCCUCGCGACCAUUGUCGGCGCCGCAGUCGGCACAACCCAGCGGCUUUGCGCCUCCUCCGCUGCAACCACAAAUGACAGGAAUUGCGCCCCCGGGGCAGAGCAUGAACGAUCUGAAUCAACAGCGGAUGCAGCAACAGUUCAUGGGAUCUUUCCAACCCCAGCCGACGGGCCAGGGCAUGAUGCCAUUCAACCCGGCUACUGGCAUUCAACCGCAACCCGGGUUUGGGACAGGGCAGUUCAUGCAACCCCAAAUGACCGGAGUUCCACAGACGCAGAGUCCUUUUUCAGACCCUCGCCCUCAACAGUUCUCGCCGAUUCAGAACCAGCCCACCGGAUUUCCGGGAGGCUUCCAACCAGCUCAGCCUUACCCACAGCAGCAGGGUGGAGUGAAUUCGUUUUUGCCACCGGCGUUGGAGCCUCAGCGAACGGGCAUGCCACCAAUGCAGCCGCAGCCUACCGGGUUUGGAGGAUUCGGCCAGGGUUUCAACACGGGCAUGAACAAUACGGCUGCUCAACAGCCACCCGCGGCUCCUCUCCAACCCCAGAAGACCGGACCGGCACCGCCCGUGCGCUUCGGUGUCGCGGACAAGAUUGUCCCUCAGCCGACUGGACGUCGUGCAAACCUCGCACAAGCGACUCCGGACAAUCCCUUCGGGUUCUAAAGGCCCCUGUGUAUAUGAGUGCUGUAGUCAGCUAGGCGUGGUAUAAAGUUGGCGUUUACUAUGUCGGACACGUCUGACGUGAACGGUGGGUUUAAUGGAAUUGAGUAUUGUGCCAGUGUCACUGCGCUUCUCGCUAUACUUGCGCCCUGUAGUUUCUCUGGCAUUGUCUGAAAUGUAUUUACGUCGACCGCUUGGAAGCCACUUCAAUCUCGAGGCAAAACAUACCCCGAGUUAUCACGAAAGCUCAUUUUCUUUUUGGGUGAUCAAGCAAACGUGCGGAAAGACCAUCAAGAACAGGCCAUAUAACGGAGCGAUAUGUGGAUGCUUCUUGGACACGGUUUACUUACUAGAAUGCAUGGCCUCUAUAUAUAAACACCUUAUACAUAUGGAUGUGCCCCAGCCACGCUGGAGUGGACAUCUCCAGUUGUACCCAAUAGAAUAAUGGCACGAAUCUUCCAUAUGGAUGUCAUAUAACUUGAGUCAACCUAUUUCUUUAGAUCACCACAUUACGAUUCCGCCAUGUAUUACUAAAUUUGCUACGUA